GAGAACCAUUGUGAGAUGGAUUGUGGCUAGAUGAGAGUUUUAGAAGACGAUAUGACUCGAGAGACAAAGUAGCAAUGGGAUGCAAUUGACGGGAAGAAGAAGAAGGCAGCGGAAGGAGAAGAAGAAGAAGGAAGAGAAAGUAUGAGGGGAAAGCAGGAGGCUGGACGGGGAUGGUAUGACCUAAUUGAAGGCAGUCCCGGACUGGCCUUCGUUACGUUGCAAUUCCAUUCCUGGUCACCACUUCUUCGGAGCGGGAGCUGCCGGAGUGGCUCUCCUUCCUUGCUGCCACGGUCAUUUUACCGGUUACUUACUCACUGGUUUACCUGGUUAUUAGCGUUGCUCACUAUAGAGGAGCAAAGUACUCCCCAUGUACUACCACCUGUAAUUACCGCGGAUGAUGUAAUGGCACCGUGCGGGGAAGAACGUUGGCUCUUGUAGUUCCGUCUCGCAUGGACCGCAUGCUCAACAUUUGAAGGUUAUAGCCACUUAUCUUCCUUAGCAUGGUAAGCAGGAAAAAAAAAU